AAGGCAGAGACGCCGAGCUAUUGCACAGCACAGCAGAGCGCAGCACAGGGCAGGACAGGCAUGGAUUUGCUCCGGAAUAUUGUUUAAAAGAAACGCUGCUUUGUUUGUGUGUUUUGUCGUGUAGCCGAGCUCAGCUGCAGGUGGACUUGGCAGUGUCGGUGACCCAUUUCUGUGGUGCCUCCUGAUCCAGAAACAUCUUGUGGUGGUUGGCAGGGCAGAUGUAAAGGAGUGAAACCCCAGCCAUCCCUGCUGUUUGCCGUUCCUUUCCUGGUUCUAAAGAGGAAGCUAACUCAAAGUGCUGUCCGAACCCCUCUAAUCAUGGGGCAGAAGGUGCCCGGAGGCAUUAAGACCGUGGAUAUGCGGGACCCUGCGAGUCGGCCGCUGAAGCUUCAUCUGCAGGCUCUGGACUACACGAAGCCGCCACGGCUCGACUUGUUACUGGACAUGCCGCCCGCGACGACAGCAGUGCAGGUGCAGCACUCGUGGAACAAUGACGACCGCUCGUUAAACAUCUUCGUCAAGGAGGACAACAAGCUUAUAUUUCACAGGCACCCGGUGGCGCAGAGUACGGACGCCAUCCGUGCCUGCGUCGGCUACACGAGAGGCCUUCAUGUCUGGGAGAUCAGUUGGGCCUUGCGGCAGCGCGGCACGCACGCGGUGGUCGGUGUGUCCACGGGGGACGCGCCUUUGCAUUCUGUAGGAUAUACCGCGCUUGUUGGGAACAAUAACGAGUCCUGGGGCUGGGACCUAGGCCGAAAUAAACUCUACCACGACGGAAAGAACCAGCCAGGCAAAACAUAUCCAGCCUUUUUGGAGCCAGAUGAGACAUUUGUGGUCCCAGACUCAUUUUUUGUGGUGCUAGACAUGGACGAAGGCACGUUAAGUUUUAUAGUGGAUGGACAGUAUCUGGGAGUGGCUUUCAGGGGGCUGAAAGGAAAGAAGCUGUAUCCUGUAGUAAGUGCGGUUUGGGGACAUUGUGAAAUCAGGAUCCGAUACAUCAAUGGACUUGAUCCCGAGCCCUUGCCUCUGAUGGACCUGUGCAGACGCUCUGUUAGAUUAGCUCUGGGUCGAGAGCGCUUGAGUGAAAUACACGGACUACCUUUACCUGCCUCCCUCAAGAACUACCUGCUCUAUCAAUGAUGAUGGGAGUUGCCUUUUAACUCUUGAAAGGCACCGUGUUCUCUCUGGGAUGCUUCUCUUCUUCCCUGGUGGACUCUUAACUGCGUUUUUUUGGUACAAGACUCUAGUCUGUUUUUACAAGUCACACCAAGGAUGCCUGGUUCUCACAUUUGAAGUGUUUACGGCCCUGUUUGCGUCCGCCUUUUAACCCCUCUUUUCGUGGCUUGCUUCAGCGGUAUGCCAGAAACACAAUGGACGAUGCACGGAAGCCUGUGGCACGAGCUGUCCCAGAAAGAAACGAUGUGUUUUGCAUGGCUGAAUGGAAAAGUGCAACGAGUUUGAAUCCUCAGCUGUUUGUCAUGGCUGGCUCUCUUUCUAGUUUUUCCUUUCCAGCAUUCCUCAGACUUUUUUUUUUGAAUUAGAACUACAUGGUGAGAUGAAUGAUACGUUUUUGAACGCUGGAUGAGAAAUUAUCCUGCCGUUUAUUCGGUCACGUUCAAUUAUGUACCUGGAGGAAAGAUUCUAGUCUCGGAGCAUAAUUGAUUUUUUUUUUAAAGAAAGGUUUUUUAAUUUACUCUUUCUAUUUUAGAUUUGGCAGGAUGAAUGCAAAUAAAUGUGUUGGACAGAGGGCUGUUUUUAGCAGGAUGCAAAUAUAUGUUGACUCCUACCAAGUAAACUGAGUACGUGGCAAUGGCUUUCCCCGUUCUUCUUUGCAGGCUAAAUAUAGCUUGGUGUAAACUCACUCCAGCCCUGUCUGUCUGGCCUGGGGAAGCUGGCUUUGACCUUCGUGUCUAAGACUGAGUUGAAAGCUAGCUCAUCCGUGCAUUAGGGAAUACAGCUAUUGUGGUCGAACAGCCUGUCAAUGCUGACUUGCCAUUUCCUCAGUUAGCGCUGUAAUUUCUGAAGCUUUCCCAUGGAAACAUUCGGUGUCUGUCAUGGUUUGAAACAAACAGGACGGCAUCACUGUGAAACUGCAGCGUUUAUAACCGUGGUGUUUUUAAACUGUAAGUAAUGCUGGGAAGGAGAGGUCAUAUGCUCAGAUGUGUAAAGUGGUCACACUACUGUUCUGUACUGUGCCUUGCCCAGGAAUUGGCCAUCGAUACCCCUGGUGUUGGUGGGCAAAGUGAUACUGACAAGGAAACGUUCAGAUUUAUUUGCACUGUGCAUUCUCAGUUCACCAUUCUUGCAUAAACCCUUUAAAAUGUGCACACCUUUUUUUUUUUUUGGCUUGCUGGGUGACGUUCAGCUCUCGGUUUUAUCCUUUCUACCUGCAGACCACCAACAGAUUUGUAUACAGUGAUGUAGAUAAUGUUGAAAUAAUAAAGUUUAUUAUAAAUUA